AUGGCUGCUAAGAAACGCACGGGAUGGGAAUUGACCAAGGGGUUUCUCAGAAUUCGGGAAUGGGUUAGAUACUUUGAUCCUUAUAAAGAGAUAUCUUCUCUAUGUCAAGCGGUUACUGUCCCCUCUCCGCAGCAAGUGCAGAUUACUCAAUAUUUUAGACCAGAGGGAGAGAUACAACCGAAGGUUACAGGUGGUGAGGAGAUUGUUGCUGUUGCGGCAGUUGGGAAUGCGGGUUAUAUGGAAUCGAGUGGAAAUUUGGAACAACAUCCUGAUGUCUCUGCUCAUUUGGUCUUGUCUUCUGCACAAGUUGUCAUCUUGGAUUGUACCUGGAAUCGUCUUAAUUUCAGGGUUGUAGUUCAUGGGUCUAAUUCUCAUGUGGAACGGCAUCAACUUUGGCUUGAUCUCCUCUCCAACUUAGAUGAGUAUACUAUUUUUUUGGGAGAUUUCAAUGUCGUUAAGGGGACUCAUGAGAGGAUUCAGGCUCAAAUUUCGGACGAAGGAUAUACGGAUGAGCUCUUUGAUAAGGAAGUUUCGGCGCAGGCUACUAUCAACGUGGCCCUUUCUCGCAAGAGUAGCUUACUUCAGCAGAAAAUCCGUAUCAAAUGGCUUAAUGAUGGGACAGAAACACAGCUUUUUUCCAUACUGCUCUUCGGUACAAGCAGCGUCUGCGCUCUAUUCCUCAUCUUGAGAUCGUUGGCUCGGUGUGUUAUGACCAAGACAUUAUCCGUUCUCAUAUUGUGGACUUCUUCUCUGGUCUUUUUACUGAGACCUCCACUGUUUGUGUUGAUAGAACGGCUUUAUGAGGAUCAAAAUGCUUUGUUGACCCGUAUUCCUGAUCUACAGGAGAUUACUGCUGCGGUUUUUUAUAUGGAUUCUUCUAGCUCAGUGGGUCUGGAUGGUUUUUCUGGGAAAUUUUAUCAGUCUUGCUGGGAGAUCAUUAAGCAGGACGUUUGGAAGGUUGCCCGCAUGUUUUUCCUUCGCUCUUAUUUGCCGGUGGGUUGUAAUUCCAGCACUUUGAUUCUUCUUCCCAAGAAAGAGACGGUUAAGACUGUUAUGGAUCUCAAACCUAUUGUGCUGUCGAAUUUUCUCUUCAAAAUUUUCUCCAAAAUUUUGGCUAAGCGGCUGAAUUUAGUGGUUGCACAACAUGUUACUCCCAACCAAUUUGGGUUCAUCAGUGGAAGGGUUAGUCAUGAUUGCACUAUGUUGGGUUCUGAGGGAGUUAACUAG